AUGGCCGAAAAGCGCAAACUCCCGCCGCGCGCCGGACGCGAACCCGCGGCGAAGAAGCGAGUCUCCGAAGCAUCCACGCCUCAACCUCAAAAGAAGAAAGCACCAACUCCUCGCGCCCCGUCUCCGCCGCCUCCCCCCGUUGACGCGCCUCUGCCCGCCAAGAUUAGAGAUGGAGAGGGGUUGCCCAUCAUUCGCGCGCGUCAGCCAACCGUCUUGUCUGACCAGGAAUACCAGUCCAUCGCGGAAAGGUUUGACCAUCACAUCCAUGCUGCUGAUUCUAACUCAACUGACGCUUUCUUGUUUAACUCACAUAGUGCAGUGGCUCUCGCCUCCCUCGAAAGAUCCAAAAAGAAAUGGCUCAGCGAUGGCAUCCUGGUUCGAUACUACACGAAACCGAAGAAGACAAAGCGCGAACAGAUUGCACAAAAUAAUCCACCCAAAGAGUCUAUGACGAGAGUUGGGCCCUGCGAUGUCACCGUCGGACCUCAUCUCUUUGAUGCCAUGCUAUACACCGUCAAGGACCCUAAUGCUCCGCCCUCGAUUCAAUAUGCGCCCCCGCAACGACCGAUGGUGCACUAUGGCCACCCCAACACCUUCCAGCAAUACCAGCCGUAUCCGUCCCCAUCCAACCAACAACGAAAACCUGCUCAGUACUCACCUGCCCCUCCCGGGCGUCCUCAGGGGUAUCCUGGCGGCCAUCCGCCUGCGGCUCAACGUGGUCCGCAACCCUCUCCUCAGUCGGGGCAGCGCCCACCCCAAGCACAGAAGGCACCGGCGGGCCAGCCUGCCAAACCGAGCCCAGACCCAGUGAUUCAGAUGUUGGCUACCCGAGCAGCUGCAGACCCAGAGCUCAAGGCGUUGAUGAGGGUUGUUGCAUCGAGCCAGGCCACUCAGGAACAGCUCCGAGCCUUCCAGGCACAUAUUGAUGAACUCAAUGCAAUCAUCAAAUCAAGAGAGCAGCAAGAACAACGCCAACAAACUUCAGCCGGGACGCCUGUACCGCAGCAAGCCACCCCUGCAUCAGAAAACAAAUCAACGCCGUCGGAGCCCGCGCGAAAACCGGAAACCGAGGCGAAACCACUACCACAAGAGCAAACCUCGCAGCGGUCACAGCCAGCGACUCAAACGCAGGCCUCGUCUAAGGACUCGCAACCCAAAUCGACACCCUCGAAGCACCAGCCAGCUACUCAGGCCGAGCCGAAAGCUCAAGGAAAAAAGCAAUCUGAACCACAGCCUCAAACUCCAGCGCAGACCCAAUCAGGCCAGCCUUCCAACGCCUCUCAGAAGUCUACUGAACCGUCUGCGGUCAAGCAAGAACCAGCCGCCACAGGGCCAAGCAAUGCUCAAGCUACGCCCUCUGAGCCGGGGCGCCCAGCAGUGCCAACUCCAUCCGCGACGCCUGGUCCUGUUAGCACGCCUGGUUCCAACCAGGGGUCUCAACAGCAGGCUCCUGUCGUACAGCCCACGCCACCAGCAGGCAAUGUUCCGCAGGCAAGCCCACGGCCCGGUUUGCCCAAUCCAUCCUACCCCCAACCCCAGUAUGGUGGUCAUACUCCAAUUCAGUCUCGUCUACCCCAGUAUGCGCCACCAGCAUCCUAUUACCGCCCCACUGGACCUCCGCCGCCUCCUCCGCGUGUGGGAUACAAAUCUGUGGUCUUUGAGUUCACAUCUCCCUUGACGCCCUACGGAAGCAGCACGUCGGGCCAUGCGGGAUCUGGCGAUCGCUAUCUGUUCCCUGAAUAUUCAAUUCUCGAAUGGAUCCCUACCGAGAACAUUGUGCUCGCCUCAUUUCUAGUUGUUCGGAAAGUCGACCCAAACGCGCCAUUCCCCAUCGAGCCUGUAUCGGACACUGCCAAUGCUCGGGGCAAGGGCAAAGGCGCUUCGAAAUCGAAAAAGGGCAAGGCGGAGAAGGGCAAAGAAUCCACUGAUCUCGCCGCACCCAACCAAGUUCCCCCUUCUGGCUCUGCCACCGACACGCCCCAGAAACCAGCUUCAUCCGACACCCCCAAGCCCAAACCCGACCCCGCAACUCCAAACAAUCCUACGACCCCGGUCGACCCUGCUGCCAACCAGACAACUCUGAAAGAGUACUGGCAGCCAGUCACUUUCCGCAUCCACGCCACCAGUCUCCGAAUCCUCGAGCCUCUGUCUCGUGUCGUCAAGCCUGCAGACGAGGUCCGCAAGUACAUGAAUGAAGUCAUGGACCGUGCCGAGCGCGCCCCGGAUGGGUUCUUGGCUCUGCGUCUACCUCACGAAGAAGCCCAGGAGGCGUUCGAGGCGGAAGGUACCCCUGCUUCCGGGACCGGUACCCGUAGUCGUUUCUCUCGUGGCGGGGCCAGGCUCGCAGAGGAUGAGUCUGAAGUCGAGAACCUUGUCGCCGAUCUCGAAGAGGAGGAAGAGGAUUUAAUUGAUUUCUAUGGGAUGCCGAGCUCGCUCCCGCCGUUGGGCGUGUGA